CACAACUUCGAUUCGAAUGUAAAUAAGGAUAAUAAUACAUUUAAUUUUGGAAUAAAAGUGUAAUUGUAUAAAAAAUUUAUUUCAAAACACCAAUGGAGCCUACAACUUUUUGCGGAGCUUGUGACACCCACGUUUGGUAUGAAAAUCAUGAAUUGAAAGCAGGGGAACAAAUUAAACUUUUUAAUAUUGAUGGUGAAGAUACACGAACGGUUUGGUUGGAUAUGAGGAAUUGUUCAGAACAUUGUACAAUAGGCUCUAUUGAUGUUGAUGCACUUUGUAAUUUAAAAAGUCUAGAAGGUAUCAAUAUUAGAGACAGUGAGAUAUCUGAAAUAAACUUGGAUACUUUUGCUAAACUAGAAAAUAUUAAAUUUCUUUCACUCCAUCAUAACAAUAUUCAAUCUGAUUUAAACUACAAUGUUUUUGAGCAGCUUAAAACACUUGAAACUAUUCACUUUGAUACUAAUAUAUAUUAUACAUUAAAUUUUGAUAAUUUUCCAUCUUUGCACAAUGUUAGAAUUGGAUACAAAGAUGAUGGAGAUGAACCAGAUCUAGAAGAAUUAAUUGCAAGAUUAAAUGCUAAAGAUAUAAAAACUGAAUAUAUUUUUUGUGGAACAGUAGAUUGUGAUACUGAUGAUAUUGAAGAAUGCUGCUGA